AGUGCUGCUUUUAAGGAGACUUUACUUCAAUUGUCUCUGCCAGACUGCCACUUCACUGCUUGUAAGAUCCUCUGCAACCCAAAAAAACACUAACCUGGUAAGGAAGGCACAUCAAAGCUGUUGUUCUUGAGUUAGAACGGUAGUGAAAAUGGAGAAAGGCAUGCAGUUGAUUGAUGGAAAUGGCAAGUUCAACGUGGAAGGACUCCAAGACUUCAUGACAACCACCGAGUUCGCGCAGUGCGGUCUCUCUUAUUCUGUCGUUGCCAUCAUUGGCCCACAAAGUAGCGGGAAGAGCACCCUAAUGAAUCAUGUCUUCGGUACUGAUUUCAAGAUGCUGAAUGCAAACAAAGGAAGAGGUCAAACAACUAAGGGCAUUUGGAUUGCCAAGAGUAGUGAAAUUGAGCCUUUCACAAUUGCCAUGGAUUUGGAGGGAACCGACAGCAGUGCAAGAGGCGAGGACAACACUGCGUUCGAGAAACAGAGUACCCUGUUUGCUUUAGCAAUUGCUGACACUGUAUUGGUGAACAUGUGGUGCAAAGACAUUGGUCUGGAACAUGCAGCCUGCAGACCCCUUUUGAAACUUGUUUUCCAGGUCAUGAAGCGUUUAUUCCAGCCCCGGAAAAGAACAUUGCUGUUUGUUAUACGUGAUCACACAAGGACUCCACUUGAGUUUUUGGAGACUGCUCUUAUGAAAGAUAUAGAGAAGAUAUGGGCUGCAGUUGCUGAACCUGAGACUCAUAGCAGUGCUGCUCUCAGUGAUUAUUUUAAUGUGGAAAUCACUUCCCUGUCCAGCUAUGAAUUCGAAGAGGAUAAGUUUAAAGAUCAGGUUGCUCAUCUGAAGCAGCGUUUUUUCAAUUCCAAUUCUCCAAGGGAUCUUGCUGAUGAUAGGUUGGAAGUGGAACCUGCUUCAGGAUUUUCUGUUUGUGCAGAGAAGAUAUGGAAAACCAUAAAGGAUAACAAGGAUCUACAUAUUCCUGAUCCAAAGGUGAUGGCUGCUUCUGUUCGGUGCGAAGAAAUUGCCAAGGAGAAGCUCAAACAACUUACUUCUGAUGAGAAAUGGCUGGAGUUGAAGGAAGAUGUUCAAGCCGGUCCAGUACCUUGGUUUGGAGCAACCCUCAGUUCUAUUUUAGCAACCUAUCUUUCACAAUAUGACAAGGAGGUGAUUUAUUUUGACCAAGAUGUACGAAAUGUAAAACGGAAGCAACUGGAGUUAAAUGCAUUGGAGGUGGUACGCGAUGCUUAUGUAACCAUGUUGGAACACUUGUCUUCCAACACACUAGAAACUUUUAAAACAAAGCUGGAGCAGUUGCUGAACGAAGGAGAAGGGUUUGUUGCUUCUGCCCGUAGCUGUGCUCGAUCUUGCUUGCAUGAAUUUGAUCAAAGAUGCGAAGAUGCUGCCAUAAGACAAAGUGAGUGGAAUGCUUCUAAUGUCCGGGAAAAGCUUACAUGUGAUAUGUUGUCAGAAAUGAUGGCAAUAUGUGAGGAGCAACUCACUGAUGUGCUCGCUGAUGAAGUACAAUCCUUAUUUGAGGCUGGUGAAACAGACACAUGGUUAUCAGUGAGAAAUCUUCUUGAGAGCAAGACUGAGAAUGCUGUAUCAGAAUUCUCAAAUGCUGUAGUUGGUUUCAAGUUGCACAGAUCAGCAAUUGACACUAAAUUGGAACAUUUGAGGGAGAAAGCAAGAAAUGUAGUGAAGAGAAAGGCGAAAGAAGCGGCAGCUGCUGAGAGAGUUUUGACGCGCAUGAAGGAUAGGUUCAAACAGGUUUUCAAUCGUGAUGAAAUCUCAAAGUCAAGGUUUUGGACUAGGGAAAAAAACAUUGAUGAAAUUGAAAGGAAUGCGCUCUCAGCUUCUUUGAAAAUUCUAUCAACAAUGGCGGCCAUGCGCUUAGAUAAACUGACAGAUCAGAUUGAGCAUUUACUCUUUUCCUCUCUCAUGGGUGAAUCUGGUGAUAUUCCAUCUUCCCAGCUUACAGGGGCUACUCCAGACCCCCUUGCAUCCAACACGUGGGAAGAGGUUUCUCCAAACGAUACGCUGCUAACACCAGUGGAGUGCAAGUCAUUGUGGAUGGAGUUCAAAGAAGACAUGAAGUAUAAAAUGAACCAGGCUAGAUCCGAUCAGGAGGCUCUUAGGAAUGCUAAAAGGGUAAUUAAGAUAGUGGUCGGGGUAGUGGGGGCAGCAGCGAUCACCGCAGUGGGAGUACCUACAGCCAUGAAGAUAGCUGCAAGGCCGGAGGUGGCAGCAGUGUUGAAAGCUGUAACAACAUGGUUGUUGGCGGUGCUGAAAUAUAUAGGGAUGGAGGUGUUGGAGACGCUGAAAUAUAUAGGGAUAGAUGUGUUGGAGAUGCUGAAAGAUGCAGCGGCAAUGGCAGUGAGAUCUUUACAACCGGAAAUAGUGGCAAUUAUAAUUGCACUGGUGACCAAGCAGUCGGACUGGCGGCAGCAGUACUAUUAGCUUAGGCUAACGGCCCUAAUCUUAAUGCAGCAUGGUAUGGUGAAUCUUAUCAAACGAAAUCUGUAAUUUGAUUACCCCUCUGAGAUUUAUAGUUGAACUUACAAGCCCUACUUAUCAAUACUUUCACUGGUAAAAUUAUCUUUCGGUUUCCAUAA